GGCACUAGACUUUCUCAUCUUUUUCUUGAGCAAUGGCUUCAAUAUUUCCUGGCUUGGGAUGGAUCCUAGGGUUCUCCUUCAUCUGCUCUUCUUUGUUUGAGAUUUAUCGUCGCCAUUUGCUAUAUCAAGAUCCUAUAGCCAAGAACUUCAUUGCUAGCGAGCUCUAUAGAACUGCAUACCAUUUUCAACCUACUCAACACUGGAUGAAUGACCCGAACGCACCAAUGUACUACAACGGUGUCUACCACCUCUUCUACCAGCACAAUCCAGACGCCGCCACGUGGACCGCCAACAUCUCAUGGGGCCACUCAGUCUCAGCGGACCUCGUCCACUGGACCGGGCUCGAACUCGCUCUAACCCCAUCCGACCCCUUCGAAAUCAGCGGGUGCUGGACGUGGAAUCAGCCACAAUACCUACCCGGUAGCAAACCCGUUAUCCUCUACACCGGCCUUGACACCGUCAGCAGGCAGGUCCAAAACAUCGCGUACCCGAAGAACUUGUCCGACCCGUUUCUUCGCGAAUGGAUCAAACCCCGCUACAACCCGGUGAUCGAACCACACGGAAGGAUUGACGCGGCUCUAUUUCGUGACCCAAGCACGGCUUGGCUCGGCAGAGACGGUUCUUGGAGGCUAACUGUGGGCACCGUGAUCGACGGGAACGGACUGGCUAUGCUAUACAAGAGUAAAGAUUUUGUGAAGUGGGUUCCGGCUGAGAACCCGCUAUAUUACACAAACGGGUCGGGUAUGUGGGAGUGCGUGGAUUUUUUCCCUCUCGGGGAGGCACGGGGCGUGACAAAAUACAUGUUGAAGGUCAGCAUGUUUGAUGUUUCGUAUGAUUAUUACGCACUGGGGACCUACGAUGAGGAGGGAGGUGUUUUUACGAGAGAUGAUGCGUCGUCUACCGACUACAGAACGUGGCCGAUGAUCGACUACGGGAGGGUGUACGCGUCGAAGACGUUCUUAGAUGAGGCUAAGCAGCGCAGAAUCUUGUGGGGAUGGUCGAACGAAUCGAAUAGUAUAGCAGACGAUGUGGCCAAAGGCUGGGCCGGUAUUCAGACUGUUCCAAGGGUUCUUAGUCUAGACACAGAUGGGAAAAGACUGGUUCAAUGGCCAAUUGAAGAGCUUGAAUCACUUAGAGGGGAGCAAAUCCAUUUACAAGACAUUGAGCUCGAAACAGGAAGCCAAGUUGAAGUCAGAGGACUAAAAGUUUCACAGGCAGAUGUAGAGGUAGAAUUUGAGUUGCAGAGUUUAAUUGGGGCCGAGCCCUUUGAUGCUAAUUGGAUUGUAGACCCCCCGAAGCUUUGCCGUGAAAAGGGUGCUUAUGCAAACCAUGGUGGGAUUGGUCCCUUUGGUUUGUUGGUUUUGGCUGCUGAUAAUUUGGAGGAAAAUACUGCUGUCUACUUUAGAGUUUUCAGAGCAGAGGGAAGCUAUAAGGUUCUCAUGUGUGCUGAUCAACGAAGGUCCUCCAAGAGAUCCGAAUUAUACAAGCCAGCAUCCGGAGGCUUUGUAGACAUAGACAUAAAGAAAGAGAGGAAGAUAUCUUUGAGAACCCUGAUUGAUCACUCUGUGGUAGAGAGCUUUGGAGGUGGUGGAAGAACUUGCAUCACUUCUAGAGUUUAUCCUACAAUUCUCUUAAAUGACAACACUCAUCUUUAUGCUUUUAAUUAUGGGACUGAGACUGUAAAGAUUUCUGAGCUUAAGGCAUGGAAUAUGGCUCAAGCUCAAAUAAGUUAAAAGAGGAGGUAAAUAAAGCAAAAUAAAUCAUGUGGUUGUCACAUUGAGUGCUACACUUGAUGCGUGGUGUUUAUCAACUGGGAUCAGUCAUGGAGCACAAUUUUGAUACUCACAUGUUUGGUAGAAGUUGCAAAUUCAAGAAUUUUAUUGUUCGCAUACAGUUGUAAUUCAACAUAGACAAAGUAUAGGAUUUUAUUUUGAGAGUUUUCAAUUAUGUGCAUUUUUUAUUUUUAUGUUUGUUUUUUGUAUUUCAGAUACAGAUGAGCAGUGUAAGUUUUAGG